AUGACUGAAUCGCAUGGAAAUAGUGAGGCAUCGCAGGCCGGGAAGCCGUUGAACGAAGAUUCAACGCCACUGGCGUUGUCGGAGAACGCCGAGUCAUGGCCGCUUCACGACGCUGCUCGAGAUGGCAAGGCCUUGUUGGUGAAAUCGAUUCUGGCUGAGAACGGGAAAUUGGUGAAUUCAAAGGACCAGGACGGACGAACGCCUCUUUUUUGGGCCAUUUCGACAGGAGGUGCAGAAGUGACGUCGACCAUUCUCAAGUUCGUGCGUGAUACUAGACCGCGUGGAUUUGAUCUGGAAGAAGGCGACGAGGCUGGCUGGACGGUUGUUCAUAUUUCGGCAUCAACUGGCCAAUUGGAUGUUAUUAAACAAUUGGUUGAUAUAGCGAAAACGGUUUUUUCUGAUGACUUGGAUCUGGAUGUUCAGACCAAACGUGGUCAGACACCUCUGCAUUUUGCAGUAUCCAAAUCACAUAUCGACGUUGUGAAAUAUUUAUUAGAAAAAGGAGCCUCACCACGAACUAAAGAUGCUCUCAACCAAAACCCGCUUCAUCGAGCUGCUGCUGUGGGGUCUCUGCCAAUAGUCAAGCUGCUAAUCGCUGCUAAAACACCACUCAACGCCACCGACCGUUCGGGCUGGACACCACUUCAUCACGCUCUAGCCGAAGGCCACGGCGAUGUGGCCAUCGAACUCAUCAGUGCGGGAGCAGACCAAGACCGCGCCGACGCCGAGGGCCACACCCCCAUGGACGUGGUGGUCGACGACAAGGUCAAGAAGUACGUGCAAGUGGCGCUUUCUAAACAGCAUUAA